AAAGCAAUCAGUUCUGCUUAUUCUAUGGAGGUUCAAAGGGAUGUCGAUUCUGCUAAUAUUAAGAGCUUAGACGUCAUGAAAAAACUUAUCGAUGAUCAAUGGGCGUUAGAAAUAUCGACUGAAGCUGGACAGAAUAUUCAAAUCAAUCGAUUUAAUAAACCGACCCUGAUUCCCAUGGCUGAGGAUAUUGCUAAAAUGAAGACUUAUCUGGAUGAGCUUAUAACAUCUUCAAUAACUCACCUGGAUGAAAAUGUGAAUAACACACAAGCGUACAAAUGUCUGCUCGAAGGUACAUAUUGCAGCUUACUACUUUUUAAUAAGAGACGAGUAGGGGAGCUGCAGAGAUUACCUUUAGAUAUUUAUUUAAAACAUCAUGAUUCUCAAUCUUCUAAAGAGUUUGAGAAAGUCCUAACAGAAACCGAGAAAAUUUUAGUUCACUCUUUAAAACGCAUAGUAAUAAGAGGUAAGAGAGGUAGAGGCGUACCUGUUCUGUUUGACAAAUUGACCAAAAGUGGAGUUGACACUUUAAUUAAAUAUAGGAAUAAUUUUUUUACCUCUUACAACGAAUACCUAUUUGGCAUACCGAAUACUAUUAACUGCAUCAGUGGAUAUCAUGUUCUCAGAAAGCAUGCUUCUAAGGUGUUGAAUGAUGCAAACAAAAUCACUACCCUCACGUCAACUCGCCUCAGAAAACACUUAGCAACAAUAAUACAAAUUUUAAAAAUGGAAAAGGGUGAACUAGAACAACUAGCAAAAUUUAUGGGGCAUACCUCAAAAACUCAUGAUGAGUGGUAUCGUCUCCCGUCAGACAUUUACCAAACCGCAAAAGUUUCCAAAAUAUUAUUGCUCGCUCAAAACACUAAUAUUGACCAAUAUAAAAAUCGAAAUUUAAAUGAGAUUGAAGUCGAUAACGAGAUAUUGGAAGACGCAGAAGAAGCUGAUAGUGACGAAGAAAAUACUAAUCAACCUAUUCUUCAACAAAAUGAAGUAAACAUCCCGUCACAAAAUAGAAUAAAGGAGAAAGGUAAACGUAUUUUAGUUCCAUGGACAAAAGAGGAAAAAGAACUUACGCAAAAAUUCUUUGCACGUCAUAUUAAGAAGAAAAUUCCGCCAAAAAAAAUGGAAGUUUUAAAUUUGGUAGAAAAGUAUCCAAAUGUUUUAAAAAACAGGAAAUGGGACACAAUAAAAGUAUUUGUACAAAAUAAAUAUAAAUCACAAUAA